UUCCCUGAGAAGGAGUAAAAAGGGAGUGUUGGAAACUUAACAUUAAACAGGAUUAAAGCCCUGAGUGCUUAAGGGGAAAACAGGUUAAGGAACUUAAUCCAGGAUGGAUCUGCAGGAGCCCCAGCAGCUGGGAAUGUUUGCGGAGGGCGAGCUGAUGUCGGUGGGGAUGGACACGUUCAUCCACCGCAUCGACUCCACCGAGGUCAUUUACCAGCCCCGGCGCAAACGGGCCAAGCUCAUCGGCAAGUACCUCAUGGGAGACCUGCUGGGGGAGGGCUCCUACGGCAAAGUCAAGGAGAUGCUGGACUCGGAGACCCUGUGCAGGAGGGCCGUGAAGAUCCUGAAGAAGAAGAAGCUGCGCCGGAUCCCCAACGGGGAGGCCAACGUGAAAAAGGAAAUCCAGCUCCUGCGGCGAUUACGGCACAAAAACGUCAUCCAGCUGGUCGACGUGUUGUACAACGAGGAGAAGCAGAAAAUGUAUAUGGUGAUGGAGUACUGUGUGUGUGGGAUGCAGGAGAUGCUGGACAGUGUCCCAGAAAAGAGGUUUCCAGUGUUUCAGGCUCACGGGUACUUUUGUCAGCUUAUAGAUGGCUUAGAAUACUUGCACAGCCAAGGGAUUGUCCACAAGGAUAUCAAACCGGGGAACCUCCUGCUAACAACCAAUGGGACACUAAAAAUAUCCGAUUUAGGUGUAGCAGAGGCACUGCAUCCGUUUGCGGAGGACGACACGUGCAGGACGAGCCAAGGGUCGCCAGCAUUCCAGCCCCCCGAGAUUGCCAACGGCCUCGACACCUUUUCAGGCUUUAAAGUCGACAUCUGGUCCGCGGGGGUGACGCUAUACAACAUCACAACGGGUCUGUACCCUUUUGAAGGGGAUAAUAUCUAUAAAUUAUUUGAAAACAUCGGGAAAGGCGACUACACAAUUCCAGAGGAUUGUGGUCCUCCACUCUCGGACUUGUUGAGAGGGAUGCUGGAAUACGACCCAGCCAAGAGGUUCUCAAUACAGCAGAUAAGGCAGCACAACUGGUUCCGGAAGAAACACGCCCAGGCCGAGGCGCUGGUGCCGAUCCCGCCCAGCCCCGAGAGCAAGGACCGGUGGAGGAGCAUGACGGCGGUGCCUUACCUGGAGGAUCUGCACGGCUACAACGAGGAGGAGGACGAGGACUUGUAUGACAUUGAAGAUGAUAUCAUCUACACUCAGGACUUCACAGUACCAGGACAGGUGCCUGAGGAGGAGGCCGGGCAGAACGGGCAGAGCCGUGGCAAGGGGCUGCCCAAGGCCGUGUGCAUGAACGGGACGGAGCCGGGGCAGCUGAGCAGCAGGGCCAAGGGCGAGCGCCGGGCCAGCGCCUCCUCCAACCCCUCCCGCAAGGCCUGCUCUGCCAGCAGCAAGAUCCGCAAGCUCUCCACCUGCAAACAGCAGUGAGCUCU